GCGACUUUAGUCAUCUUGAAAGCCCGUACUUAUUUCGAUUAGGUCAAAAGAAAAAAAAGAAAAUAUGGGGUGGAGAGGCUGUCUGAUCUAAAUGAAUGAGACGCAGAGCUGCUUUCGGGAGGAGGUGUGGUUGAAUCCUCCAGUGUGGGAUUUUGUAAGUUGUGAGAUGCUGGCAUGGGCAUCUGGAGUGGCAAUGGAGGCGUGACCUCAAGGAAUGUGGGGUAUUUUUUUGUGUAAACUGCAGUCAGCCAGAUUUUUUGCUCUAAGAUGCCACGGAGUGCUCUUAUGACCACAAAGACUGUUUUAGGAUGCUGCUGACCAUACUAUUGUAGUGUAGGUUAUUAUUACAGUGAAAGCUGCAAGGCUAAAGACCGUAGUGUUUUGGUUUAAGGAUAAGGUGUCGUCUAUGGACACUGGAAUUAUGGGAUGGAGCUCCAUGGACAAAGUUCUGGCAUUGAUUUGGCAGCUUCUGCACUUCUUUCAGGCUUUCAGUCUUCCAUGUUCCAGAAGUCCAUCCUCUGUGCAUAUGCAGGUGGCAUUUCAAUGUUUUCCAUCUCGGACAGAUCAUUUUUAUACACUUUUAUUGGGAAACAAGGUGCUGAGCAGUACUGCAGUGUGUGAAGACAUGUGUGAGUGUGUGAUGAAGUUCAGAGCACCACAAGUUUCUGAGGAGCUGGGAUUCAGUCUGCAAUCACACAAUGAUACAGAACUGCUAGAUGCCAAGACUUUCCACCUUGCUCCUCUCGUGGCAUCCUCUGUACGCAUGAAUGUCUCAUCCACGACUGUCGUAUUCAACUGGCCUACAUUAGAUGAUGGAGAUGUCUUGGAUGUGUGUUUGGAUGAGCAGUGUUGGGUUGUGUCCCAUUUUCAGCCAUUCCACCAGGUGACGGGGUUACAGCCUGGGCGUCAUUACAAUAUCAGUGUGGCAAAGAAAACAUUCAUCCCUCAUCUCCAAAUUAAUGUUACACAAAGCCUACAGCUGGCCAUAAAGACAGGUCAGUGUCCCGUUGGCUGGCUUGCUGUGGGAUGGAGCUGUUAUAAGGUGAACCCAAGUUUCAUGUCAUGGUCCGGAGCGAAGCAAGCAUGUGAAAGAUCAACCCCAGGGUCACAUCUGGCCAACAUAAAGACAUAUGCAGAGUUUUUAUCCAUCAUAUCUUUCUUAGGGUCCUAUAACCAUCUUCUGCUGUUGUGGACAGCUUUAAAUGACCAUGAGACAGAAGGUGAUUUCCGCUGGUCUGAUGGCUCUACCUACAACUUAAAUAUUGAAAUGACAUCAGCACUUGCACCCAAUCAAACGGGCUGUGUUGCGAUGCAGAAGAAUGCAACCGGAGCGGGAUACUUCUUCACUUCUUUCCUGUGUUACCUGCAGCUCCCCUAUAUUUGUCAAGAAGAGUGUGAGUGA